CUUUGCGUUUUCAACUUCGUUUUUUUAGUUCGUUCUAAAACUCUAGAAAGCUGUGUACCAUUUCCAAGUCUCUCUCGGCCAAGAAGUUUGCGAUCUUAAAAAGUCAAAAUAUAUGUAACAAAUGCUUUGAAUUAUAAUACGUUUCGAGAAGGCCUGUGAUUUUCUAGAGAGUUUCUUCAAAGUUGAAUUAUUGACAAAAACUUUGUAGAAUCUUUAUUAGUCAGGCUUUGAAGCUUUCUCGUUAGAGAUUAAAAGAUUGUUAACUAAACAUGUUUAAGAGAAGGAAUGCGCACCAACUUGAUGAUGGUUCUCAGCAUGAUAACAAGGUUAGAGAAUUGAGAUCUGCGAUAGGGCCGCUCUCUGGACAAAGUUUAGUGUUCUGCUCUGAUGCUUCCUUGAGGAGAUAUUUGGCUGCUCGAAACUGGAAUGUGGAGAAAGCCAAGAAAAUGCUUGAGGAGACUCUCAAGUGGAGAUCAACAUACAAACCUCAAGAGAUCCGUUGGAAUCAAGUAGCACAUGAAGGUGAGACCGGUAAAGUUUCAAGAGCUAGUUUUCAUGAUAGACAAGGCAGAGUAGUGCUUAUAAUGAGACCAGCAUUACAGAACUCAACAUCAGCAGAAGGUAAUAUCAAGCAUUUGGUCUAUCUUCUUGAAAAUGCAAUCCUCAAUCUUCCCAAGGGACAAGAACAAAUGUCUUGGCUCAUUGAUUUCACUGGUUGGUCUAUGGCUGCUAAUGUUCCUAUGAAAACAACACGUGAGAUUGUCUACAUUCUACAGAAUCAUUACCCUGAGAGACUCGGUAUCGCCUUUCUCUACAAUCCACCAAGACUUUUCCAAGCAGUAUACAGGGCUGUUAAGUACUUCUUGGACCCAUGUACAGCUCAAAAGGUCAAGUUUGUGUACCCUAAAGACAAAACAAGUGAUGAACUGAUGACAUCACACUUUGAUGUUGAGAAUCUUCCCAAGGAGUUUGGAGGAGAAGCAACACUAGAGUAUGAUCAUGAGGAGUUCUCAAAACAAAUGUGUGAAGAUGAUGUCAAAACAGCAAAGUUUUGGGGACUGGAGGAGAAACAGUAUCCUAAACCAAACGGUUUCUCUCCAGCCGAUGUUGUUCCUGAGCCAGCCACUUCUCUUGCAUCAGCAGCUAGCUGAGACAUAUAUACAUACACACAUAAACAAGAAUAGUGAAGGUUUAUUCUCGUGGAAGAAGAGCCAAUAAAAUGGUGAUGUUUACUUAGAGAAUUAAUAAGGUUCCAUCCAAGUCUUUGCUUAGUGAGCCAAAGACUUUUUUAAUGUUAUAAUUAACAGAGGCGUUCCUUGUCAUGAAUGUUGUAUGCGUGUGUGAGAAUAUUUUUACCGUGUGUAAUUGUUUUGUGUUUAUUAAUUGAAAUUAUCAGAGUUAUCCUUUUAUU